AAUCGGAAGAGCCGGUGGGCGGGGCUAGGGCGGCGGAGCUGGAGCCGGAGGGGGCGUGGCCAUAGAGAGAGAAACGAGGAAGUGGGCGUGGCCCAAGCGGGAGACCUUCCAUGGCCGCCAGUUACCCGUAUGGACAGGGUUACCCUGGAUCUGCAGGACAAGCUCCAGGCGCUCCUCAAGGGGGCUACCCUGGGAGCCAGUAUGGAAGCGGGAUGCCUCCCGGGGGUCCCUAUGGUGGGUCGGCCCCAGGUGGUCCAUAUGGGCCACCAACUAGUGGAGGACCUUAUGGCCACCCUUCCUCUGGGACUCCUGGCGGGAUGUAUGGAGGAGGCCCAGCCCCAGGAGGACCAUAUGGACAGCCCUCGACUAACCCAUACGGUGCCCCUCAGCCAGGACCCUAUGGGGCAGGAGAUCCUGGAGGGAACAUCCCCCCUGGCGUGGACCCCGAAGCCUUCGCUUGGUUCCAGAGCGUGGACACAGACCACAGCGGUCACAUCUCAGCCAAAGAGCUCAGGCAGGCUCUUGUCAAUUCCAACUGGUCCGCCUUCAAUGAGGAAACUUGCAUGAUGAUGAUGAACAUGUUUGAUAAAACCAAGUCUGGGCGGAUGGAUCUCUAUGGCUUUUCAGCCCUGUGGCGCUUCAUCCAACAGUGGCGGAAUCUCUUCCAGCAGUAUGACCGCGACCAGUCUGGAUGCAUUAACUGUAAUGAAUUGCACCAAGCUCUUUCCCAAAUGGGGUACAACUUGAGCCCCCAGUUUUCCCAGCUGCUGCUGUCCCGUUACUCGCAGAAGGCCACCAACCCUGGCAUCCAGCUGGACCGCUUCAUUCAGAUCUGCACGCUGCUCCAGUCAAUGACCGAAGCGUUCCGGGAGAAGGAUACGGGCAUGACGGGCAACGUCCGGCUCAACUAUGAAGACUUCCUCAUGAUGUCAACCACUCGCAUACUGUGAGGACUUUCCUUCUGGGAGAAGAAGGGAUAGUGAUGGCAGUCUUGCUGGAGACUGACAAAAGACCCAGAAGGAAGAACUAGUGAGAAAAACAGUUAUCUAGAGGGCAUCUAUGCUGUGAAGGAAAAUGAUUUUGUGUAUGGUGGAUACUUUGAGAUGACUUCUUUUGACGUGGUUGUAUGAUUGAUUCCCAAGAAUCUGAUGCCCUGUGUAGCCACUAACAGGCAGACAGCAAACACCAAGCCAAAAUGUCACUGCCAUGGCCUUGGACAAUGGUCACCACAACUCUUUCCCUAAAGGAGUCUCCUCCUUUGUCCCUCAGUAAGAUGAAUCUUCAUCCCACAUUUUAGGGUUCUUAUGGUUGCCAGGUAUUUGGAAGAGACCUUCUUGCUCCUGAGUUUUCUUUCUGGGGUUUGUCAUCAAUCACGAGUUGCCAAAGUAGUUCUGGUCAUCCAUUCCAAGUUCAGCUCUCCCUCUUUGCCAUUCAAUGAUAGUAAGAGCAUGAGCCAAGAUCUCUUUAUUAUUUCUUGGCGGUCCUUUCUCUUGAAGUUUGGGUGCUCCUCUCCCUCCCCUGGUUUUCUGUUGCAGUGCUAAAGUACAACUGCUGACUUGCCAACAGCUGAUUUAGUUCCCUCUCUCCCCAAUUGCCAACAUUUUGCUUGUGAGUUUUGUAGGGGCCAAAGUCAUAAAUUACAAUGUGUCAGUCUAUACCUAGGUAAAAUGCUUCAAUAAAGGACCUAGAGCACUGA